AUGCCUGUAGUUUUAUCUCAGCUGCUGACAUUGCUUGUGUUCACGAAGCAUAUCGGAGAUAGUUCUUCAUUUUUGUCGCUUUCUCGCGCACCUCUCGACGAAAAUAAACGGGAAAAUUUGUGGCGUCGACGAGCCAUUGCUAAACUAUGGGAAGAACGAAGGCGUAUGGGGAGAACACCAAUGUUCAAACUUACUAGUUCGGGUUUUCCUAAUACUGAUUUCAUUUUUAAAAAUGAGUCAGCGACCAAAACAGGUAGCUUAAAACAUCGCUAUUCCUGGGCUUUGGUAAUGUGGGCUGUAGUAGACGGGAAAAUAGCUGAAAAUACCACGGUCUACGAGGCAAGCUCCGGAAACACUGCAGCAAGUGAAGCUUACAUGUGCCGUCUAAUUGGAGUGAAAUUCAUCGCCAUCGUUCCAAAUACUAUUGAGCAAAUAAAAAUUGACCACAUAUUGUCUUAUGGUGGUAAAAUAAUUAAAACAGAUUUGAGUAAUCGCUUGAUUCGAGCCAAACAAGAAGCUUUGAAAAAUGGUGGCUUUUUCAUGAAUCAGUUUGCCAAUUCCGAUAGAGCUGAAGAAUACCACGAAAGUGGUAAUUAUCCACAAGAAAGUGUUAAUUUAAUGCACGAGAUGGUUUCACAAAUGCAACAGGAUUCAAACCAGUCGACAAAAAUUCCUGAUUAUUUUAUACAUUCCGCUGGCACUGGUGGAACAAUUUCCUCAGUUGGAAGAUAUGCAAAAAAAUAUGGUCUAAGAACUAAAAUUGUAUUAGCUGACACGCAGUAUUCAGUAUAUUACGAUUAUGUGAUGAAUGGACGGUUUAAAAACGAAAGUGGCAAAGAUUUUUGGGUACCGCCGGGAAUGGCUGGCAUUGGAUUCGGAGUUAUGGGCCCAGUGAAACAUGGAGUGACAUCGAGCUUACUUCCCGCAGUUGUCGAUCGAGCUAUCAAAAUUCCGGAUCUUGCGUCAACCGCAGCAAUGUUCAUUUUAAGAAGAUUAGGUAUCAAUGGUGGCACGAGUACUGGUACAAAUUUCAUGGCUGCAUUGCACGUGGCAGCUACGUACAGUAAAUCAUUACUUGUUCGUGAGCAUCCAUUAACCAUUUCUACAAUUUUGGCUGAUACCGGUAACUACUAUACUUCAUCCUAUUAUAACAGAUCAUGGAUUGCGGAGAAUUUUCAAGCUCAAGGUGGUCUUCCAGCUUACGAUUGCUGGAUGCAGAAGAUUGAGGAAGCACUUAAAUUUGGCUCAGACCCUUUGAUGACUGGUCAUGAAGACUGUGACAAGCCAAAUAAUAUCGGAAUCGACUUCAGAAAUCGAUAG